AAUCUUUAGCUCCUGCGAUUCACAACCCCGGCACGAAUCACUUGGAGACACGCUUUGCGCGCACACCCACGUAAGCCAUGACUUCUGACGAAGUGUACCCGGGCUCUGAACCCGCGAGAUGGGUCUAUCUCGACAGGAUUCGAACCCGGCCCGGUCCGUUUACAAAUCCAGAUGUAUUUGAUGGUAGUGCCGUGGCCAAGGCCAUGGAGAGCAUGAAGGUUUUGGUGAUUGGAGCCGGCGGCCUGGGCUGUGAGAUCCUCAAGAAUCUCGCGCUAUCUGGGUUCAAGGACAUACACGUCAUUGACAUGGACACGAUCGACAUCUCCAAUCUCAAUCGGCAAUUCCUGUUCCGCCAGGCAGAUGUAGGCAAGUUCAAGGCCGAGGUGGCUGCCGCCUUUGUUGAGAAGCGAGUCAAGGGCGUCAAGAUCACACCACACAACUGCAAGAUUCAAAACUUCGACGAGGAUUUCUACAUGCAGUUCCAGCUCGUCGUGUGCGGGCUGGACAGUAUCGAGGCACGCCGGUGGAUCAACGCGACGCUCGUCAACAUGGUUGACGAGGACGUUGAGGACAGCUACAAACCACUUAUAGAUGGAGGAACAGAAGGCUUCAAGGGCCAAGCUAGGGUCAUCCUGCCGACUGUCACAUCCUGCAUCGAAUGCCAACUCGACAUGCACGCGCCGCGCGCAGCGGUGCCCCUCUGCACCCUAGCCAGCAUCCCGCGACAGCCCGAGCACUGCAUCGAGUGGGCACACGUCAUUGCCUGGGACAAGGAGAAGCCCUUUCCCACUCUCGACAAGGACGACCCGGAGCACAUCACCUGGCUCUACCAAAAGGCCCUAGCCCGCGCCCGCGAGUUCAACAUCCCCGGCGUCACCUAUUCGCUCACCCAAGGCGUGGUGAAGAACAUCAUCCCCGCCAUCGCCGCCACCAACUCGGUCAUCGCCGCGGCGUGCUGCAACGAGGCGCUCAAGAUCGCCUCCAACUGCGCGCCGUUCCUUGGGUUCCCAGACGAUAACUACAUGAUGUACUCGGGGAACGACUCCAUCUACACGUACACGUUCAAGCAUGAGCGCAAGGACGACUGCCCCGUGUGCGGCCAGCAGGCGCGCCCUCUGCCCAACGUCGACCCGGCAUGGACGCUGCGCGAGCUGCUCGACUCGCUGGCGGAGCGACCCGAGGCGCAGUUGAAGAAGCCCAGCGUUCGCGCCGAGGGCAAGACGCUGUACAUGCAGUCGCCGCCGGGUCUGGAGGCGCAGACGAGGCCUAAUCUGGAUAAGACGCUGACAGAGCUCGGGUUGGUGGAUGGGCAGGAAAUAGCGGUGACGGAUCCGGCGUUUGCAACGGUUACUUUCAAAUUUAGACUCAGGUUUAAGUAAUAGCUCGGUAUUGGGCUAGACGGCUUCGGGGAGUGGCUUUCCUUUGGUGAGAGCAUUUCUUGCGGGGUGCACAUACAGGGGCUAAAAGCAUGGUACAUUAGCGGCAUGAUACAACCAGGCUUCUGAAUACAAGAGAUCUCUGGGUCUGCUAACGGCAUUCCUAUAAGAUAUUAUACUCAGGUGAUACGGGAGGCCUGGGUGCACGGUGCAGUCAGAAUCCCGUUGACGAUUAUGGCAGAUGUGCAAGGGAACUGAAUGACUAACGGCCAAACCAACCCCUUUUUAAAUCCGCGCCGUGACGCCAUGCCCACCGAGUCUAAGAUGUAUGUACAGAGAGAAAGGGGUAUUUCCCGACCAUCAAGACAAUUUCUCUCUACCUGACCAUGUUGAUGACCUGCUUCUCUAGAUCCU